AUGGCUAUCAACUUCGCGAACGGGUUUGCCCGGUUCAUACCAAUGAUCGGGUACCACCACGUGCUCAUGGUCAUCAUUGCAGUGUCCAUCAUUCUUCUAUCCCUAUUAUUGGCUGGAUGCUCGUCGUCAUCACCCCAGAUUCCCACUAUCUUCCUGAUCUCGAUGUACUAUGAGCGCUACAGCCCGACCUUCAAUCUGGCGCAGGUAGACCCUGGCGUUGUGACAGCAACAUCGAAUAUCGUUGGCGGUGCAGAGAUGGAGGUCCGCGUGGGUUACUUCGGUAUCUGCGUCCAACCGGACCACGGUUCUUUUAUCUGCAACUCGAAUGCCACAGCCCUGGCUGAAGUCGUCACUGUCGAUCAGGAUCCUAUGAAUCUGAUCUGGGUUGCAUCAACCUUCAAGGAUGCAGUUGUCUUCCCUUAUCUUCUUGUUGUUGCCGUCAUCCUUGCCUUCUUCUGUUUUAUUCUCCUCGCUACUUUCCCGGGAUGGCACGAGGAAGUCGACUCUGGUGGCUCCGAACGAGAAGUCAAGCCAUUCCCAUCGAGACCCGUGUCGCAAGCCGCCCUUGCACUUAUCUUCGUCGCCGCCGUAUUCGUUUUAGUAUCAGUACUAUGGCAACAUACAGCAUCGGUAGCUGCCAGUACGAUAGCACAAGAUAUGGGCAAUGGAAGCGUCAAGAGCGGGGUUGGCACUUCCGCCAUGGUUCUCGGUUGGUUCGGCUUCGUCCUAAUGGUUAUUGUAACGAUAGGACUGCUGGUCAUGAUACUCAGCAUCCGUCUCAUAAAGCAACUGACCGACGAGGAGUAA